GAAUAUGUACUUGUAAUAAUGAUAUCAUUGUCAUUGAGAUUUACAGCUCCUUGUUUUGACGAGAAAGCAAGACACCAAAGACCCAAACAGGUGAUACUUUGUGAAUAGAUCGUAUACUGAAAACAUGGUUGAUAACCAUCGUAUAAAAGUUUUAAACUCUGGCGAAACAACACGUUUGGAGCGAGUGACUGAAAGAAUAGACAAGGAAAGACAAAACCUUGCCAAGGAGCUGAGAGACAUUCAAAAUGCACGACUUCUUUUUGAAGCCAAAAAAAGAUCAAAGAAAGAAUUGAAAAGAACUUUGAGUGUGCCAGUCGUCAGGCGUCAGUCACUCGAAAACUUGCAAAACAGUGUUGGAAUGGAUAUUUGGACUAACAAUUCUCAUCAGCGCUCGRCUUCAAGAUUAUUUUCAAAUUCUGCUCAAUCUACUCCUCAUAGUGACCUUAUUAGAUCGAAAAGUGAAGAGGCUCCGAUUCAACAACAAGCGCGGAGGAUGUCCUUAACUAACACUCCUCAUCGCUGGAGUCUUAGCAAUCAGGCACCGAAUCAGGAAUCGUUGGAUUGUGUCCCUUCUAACCAGCGCAUGCGUCGAAUAUCACUGCCAACAGUUACUCCUCAGUUGACUUGUCGCACCAGCAGUAAGUGGAGUAAGAAAGAUGUAUUGGAUGAUACUUCUUCUCGACACAUGUCGGAGUCCUUAUCAAAUCUUCUCCCAUCAAAAUGGAGCCUUAGUGGUUCAGAGAAGGAUAUCAAAAUGCCUCCUCGUAGAAGUAGAGAUAAACAGCCGAGGUCUCCCCAGAGUGAUGGACGAAACAAAAACUGGAAUCUUCGAGAAGACUACACUGAGGUCAAUUCAAGGGGGACAUUUCGUUGUCCUUUGGGAGAAGAAAAAAAUGACUUUGGUUCAAAUGACCUAAGUGUUGUGUUUGUUGAUGAGUACGAUCGAGGACAAAAGCAAAGUAGUAAAGAAACGAAGUUAACACUGCCUCUCAUAGUGUCUUCCAGAAGUCCAUCACCUUUGAGUCAACCAGAUAUCCAUGGUAGACUUUCCGGAACUGACAUGUUUAAGGAACGCAGAAAACGUUCCCUCUCAGGUCAGAUACUUAUCCCUCAAAUCAAUCAAGUUGAUCUCAGGAGAGAUCAUGGUAGCAGGGACGAGUAUGGAAGCUCUGGCAAACAAGAAACAGGAGUAAGGGUUUCUAAGCCUGCUGAGAGAAGGGCUUCCAUCAAGAGAGUAAAAGCGUUGGCUUCAGUAGAAAUAGAAAGACUGACAAGAUCGUCAGAUGAACUAGAUGAAGCAAUGAUGAGUAGGUUUAAAAGAAUUGGUGUCAGCGGGAUGGGGCAUAUGGUACUAAAAAGCGCCAAGGUAGAGGAGCAUAUGGGAACUCCAGGGUUACUCAAUACAUACGGUACAAAGGGCACCACCGUGGCAUCGUCACCAUUAAAUGAUUUAGCAGUCACAGAUCUGUCAGACGCACCUACUGAUCAAGAUGGUCAAUUGUGACAAGCCAGCCAGUCAAAGAGGAUGCAUAAAACA